AUGAACAGAACAUUUAGAGUUGCUGUGGAGGGAAACAUUGGUUGUGGAAAGUCCACAUUCCUCAAUUAUUUCAAAGAGCUCUCACCCAAUAUCCAAGUUUCGCCUGAAACCAUUGAACUAUGGACUGACGUGAAUGGAUUCAAGCUAUUCGAGGCAUAUUAUGCUGAUCCAAACAGAUGGAGUGCGACUUUUCAAAGUCAAGUUAUGGUUACAGCAUUUAAAAGACAGGCUGAAAUACAGACUGCUCCUGUGCAAUUAUUUGAGCGCUCUAUCAACGGUUGUCGUCAUUGCUUUGUUGAAGUGUUGCUUAGGAAUAAUCGUAUAUCCGAAGAAGACGUGAAGGUUUAUGAUAAAUUCUAUGAAUGGGGCAUGAGCAUGCCUAUUUUUCAGCUUGAUCUCAUCGUCUAUCUGCGAUGUUCUCCUGAGAUCUGUGCCGAAAGAAUACGCAAGCGUGAUCGUAGGGGCGAAAGCGCCAUCUCAAUGAGUCCGCGCGAACGUAAGUGA